UUCUAAUCAAAUGGGUAAUACUUGCUGUUUGUAAUAAAAUCAAGAAGAAAACAUUGAAAUAAAUGCUGGAUAUAAUAAUGCUGAGGGUAGAGAGUUAAAUACUGAGUAAAAUUUAAAUAGAAUAUAUUAAAGCCACUUUUCCGCUUAAGAAAUCUAAGAUAUAUUGACAAAAUUCGAGACUAAUUUAAGCAGAUUUAUCCAUUCCUCAUAAGAUAGACCCUAGCCUAUAAACAUUUAGAGCAAUCCUCAUGUUAGAACACGAAAUUAUCCAACUGGAAUAGAUGAUCAUACAGAUAAUCUCAAUUUUCACGUUGAUAAUAUCAUUAAAAAAGGAAAUAGAAUAAUGGAAUUUGCAAAAGGAAACAAUUUAUCUAAUAUUUAAGUCAUUUAAAUCAAUUAAUUUGCAGAUGAACUUGAAAUUUCUGCUAUUAAGAUUGAUAACUUAGCAUCAGAAAUCAAUUAAUUUAACUAAAUAGUUUUAAAAGAAAGCAAUAAAUCGAGCAUUUCCAGAUAAUUACACAGCCACAUUCUCAUCUAAGGACCUUAAAAUUUAACUUUUAGUAACGCAAGUUCAAAAGAGAAUCAAUCAGAUUAACUUAUAUCGACAAGUCAUUUAACAGCUGUAGCUUAGCAUUGA